AGGUCAAUUUAUUUGUUUUGUUUCAGUCCAUGAGUGCGAUGUGUGUUGCUCUGCGAGUUUUGAGCAACAAGUUGUUAAAUUCACCUCUCCUUAGCGUAUUCAUGUUCAUAAACUCUACUGAUGUUUGGCCUUCGAGUACUUUUUUGUCGUAUUCAAGUUGACUAAACAUCAAUUGUUAUUACGUAGCACAAAAUGCAGGAAGUAGUGAAAAUGAUGUAUGUGCUUGUUGAGACUGAUGACACAUCUAGUCUCUCUUCUCCUUUGAAAACUUCAAACCGCAUCAAGUUUUUGUCUUUUGCGGCAUCUGAAAAUUUUAUUAUAUUUGGUGCUACCAGUGGUGGUCUUUAUGUUUAUAACAGACAGACAUUCACAUUUAAGUCAUUAGUACCUAACAAGGAGGGUCCAGUUACUUGUGUCACAAUUUCUCCCAACGAGAAGUGGUUUGGUUUUUCUACUGCAAGAGGCACCAGUUGUGUCCUUGAGCACAAUGGUUCAUCAGUAAAUCGACGAAUUUUGUCCUCUGUUCACGAAGGGAGAGAAGUGACUGCCCUUCAGUGGAAUAACAGUAGCAGCCAGUUGUAUGUUGGUGAUAACAGUGGUCAAAUAUCUGUCAUCAGUGUGGCUUCAUAUUUGACUCCUGCUGUGGCAUUGAUGCAGCUUGAUUCUUCAGUUGUUCAGUUGGACACCUGUAGUUACCUGCUACUUGCCUCGACAACCACCCGCUCUUACCUCUGUGACACACUAAGAGAGCAAUACCGUCAGAUAGGAACUCGCCAACGUGAUGGGGAAUUUGGAGCCUGCUUUUAUCAGGUUGAUUCUCAUGAAACUUCUAUAGACAUUCUUGACAAUAAUGCUGACCUCAAAGAUUCCUACAAUCCGUUCAGCUCACUUAAUGAUGGAGAGUGGUUGUUAACGGACAAACACUUCCAAAAUGUGAAACUUUUUUGUGCUCGGCCAGGGCUGCGACUCUGGGAGGUACGAGUUGAUGGAGCUGUGGUGAGCACUCAUCAAUUCAAGCAGUUGCGGUCAACUAGUCCAGCAAGUGUAAUAAAACCACCUGGUCUGGGAGUCCCUCAAGAGACAUCUGAGGCUCCACAACCAAAACAUUUGGCUCAGUUCAUGAAACUUAACAUAGUUGCAGACAAUUUCAUAGUAACUUAUGAUUCAAAUGGAUUGUGUGUCCUUGACCCAAUGACCAGUGAUGUUAUUUUGUGGACUGAUCAAUUCAGAAAUAUUAUAGAUAUGUGUGUAGUCGGAGAAAUUUUGUACCUUUGGAUGGGUGACAGUAGACUUCAUGCUAUCUCUGUCAUACCAAUUGAUAAAUUUCUUGUUAGGUCAUACCUUCAGAGGAAGUAUUUGUAUUGUGCUCAACUUUGUGCAGCUCAUUCUGAUAUUCUGAAAAAGUUGGCUGGUGUCUCUCUGAAAAUGCAUGUUUUAGUUGAUUUGUUUGACAAGAUCAAGGAUGAAGAGGGGGAAGACUCAUUAGAUCAAGAAAUUUCAGAGAAACUUCAAGAUCUCUUAAGUGAAGUAUCUAAAAACACUCAGAAUCAAGAACAAGCUCAGAUGUUAAAAUCUGGUAUCUUCAUUGUUGGAAAUGCACACCUGCUCUCUAGGAAAGAGGAAAUUAGAACUAAGAAUCCUCGAGUCCAUACAUCUGACAAGUUGGAUGCUAAUGAUUUAUCAGUGGAUUUUUACCCCACCUUGCAGGGGAAGCAACAUUGUUCCUCUCAAGACAGUGGUGAAAGCGAAACUUUGAAUGGCAUUUUUAAAAAGAGUAUUUUGCCAUCUAUUUCUUCCUUGCCACUGCAAUCAGAACACUCAAAUGUUAAUAGUGAUGAGGACUAUGACCCCUUUCCUGAUUUACCUUUGUCUUCCCUCACAUCUGCAGAGACAAUAAUGGCACUGAAAAACCUCACCACCACGGUGUCUGGCACCAUUUCUAAUGGCACAAAGUCACUUAAAGAAAAAUGGCAAAAUCUUGAGGAAAAGUUAAGAGGUCAAGAUGAGAGUUGUCUGAGUGUUGAAAAAAGUAUUAACAGACUUGAUUUAGCAUCAUCACAUGUGGAAGAAUCUAAUGAUGAUGAAGACCAAGACAUAUUUGCUGUCUCCAAGGAGAAAUCUUCAAUGCUGCCUGUAUUGCCUUUGAUCGAAAAAUGUCAACAAAUUGCUUCCCUCAAAGUGGACAAUGGAAACGAUUUGCAGGAGUUGGAGCAUGAAAUGUUAGACUGUUUUGCUUCUCUAUAUGGAAAGUUUAGACAGUCUUCUAGAGAUGAUCAAGGGAAGGACCUCAGUGAUUCAACAGAGCCCACCCACAGUUUUGGAAAGUGGCUAAACACAUAUGAAGCCGUUUCUUUCCCUUUCCAUGACCACUUUGAAAAGGAAUUCCUAGUUGUUUUGCGUCAGCAGUUUCAACUUAGCCUGAAAUCUGGUUCCCUCUUAAAAUGGGUCGCACAAUAUGUCCCCUGUAUUGAGUUUAAUGAAGAGCUAUUCCCUGCGCAUAUUCGCCUCAUCCACAGUGAUGAAACCCUAUUAGUUGACCAAGCAUUAGGAUUCACUCUGGAGAUAUGCAAAUUACUGCUGGAUCCUCAUACUGCUUUUCAGUUUCUCAGUGAGUCAGGAUCUGUGUGCCAUUAUUUCUCCUGGAAUAUUAUUAUGAAUUUCUUCCAGUGCAGCCCUAUUGUGAUGACAGAUCCCAAGAAUGACUCACAAGAUUGGCCUCUCCCUCGCAUUCUCAAUGCCAUGCUAGUAUUGUUCCAGCUGGGGCAAGUUGAGUCAUCUCGCAGCAUUGGAAAAAAUGUUCCAGUAAUACAUGUUUUGAGAACAAUACUCAGAGUGAAUGAAGACUCUGUGCAAAUGUACAAUUUGUUCCUCUUGUACCUUGAGAAGGUGCCACUUGAAAAUUUACUAACAUUUUUUGAAGAUCAAGAAGUUUACAGUUUUGCUAGAUUGGCUUAUGAGAGAUUGCACAAGCCUGAUGCAGUUUGUCAGUGUACAUGUGGUUACCCUUUAGGUAUGAUUAGACACGAAAUGACCUUCAGCCGGGUGGGUCAGGCCUUGCUUGCCCAUAUCCAUAAGGCCAGUGGACUACUGGAGGCUCUUUCAAUGUGUCAAAGAACUGGGGUGCUUUGGUACCACCUUCUCAUUCUGAGACGAAGUGACUCCAUUGAAAAAGUUUUACCUCUCAUCCUUCAGACAACUUGUGAGGAGGAACUUGAAUACAGAAGCAGAGAGAUGUCUUCCUCAGCAUGGGACUUGGUAUUUCAGUUGAUGGCUCGAUUGCAAGAAGGAUACUGUCUUCAAUGCAAUACCAAAAGUGAAAAAAACCAUUUCAAAGCAAUACCUUGGAUGUCUAUAGUUUCUUUAAUGUUACUUGAAAACGAUGUGGACUCUACUCUGGAGAUUAUCUCCAAAUACUCUCAUUCAAUCCCUGCUGGAAGCCUAAGCUUGGAUUUCUACCAGAACUUGCUUCUUGUUUCUGCAUUGGAACCUGAGAGUAAUGAAACCAAGAGAAAGUUGCUUAGAGGUCUUUCUGACAACAAAAAACUCCAUGUCAUGUCUGCUGGUUUGGCAGGAAAGCUGGGCAUUCCUCAUGGUCAUGGUGAACACCAUUGGGGACUUCAACUGCAGCUGUCAGAGAGCCACUGUGUCUACUGCUUUCUCCCUCUGGCAUCUUUCUCUGGAGGCUCGGUUCUCAGCUUCUACUGUCAACACUCAUUCCACUCGGUUUGUCUUCAGAAACAGCCUUUCAAGCAGUGCCCCAUCUGCACUAAGUGAUGCUGCAUCGUGCCUUAAUAACUAGUCAUACUCCUGUGAUACCUGGCAAUUUAUGGUGUUCUAUAAAUUGUUCAAGCAAAUAUGUAUCGCCAUGUUCAUGUGAUGAAUUGAAAUGUCAUGGGAUCAAAUAAAUUUAAUCAUGACACAAUACA